CGCGGCUCUGUACCGUACUGUACUGUACUCGUCCACUCGUACCUCUGCUCGUGCUGCACUGCAAUGCACAAUACAGGUAGGUACAGUCCCCACCUCGACCCUACGAGUUUGACCUAAGGGACUUCGUCCAAGUCCGCCCUCACUAAUGGCUGCAAUCAUAUCCUGCUUUUUUCCCUUGCCAUUUAUUCCCUCUCGCUCGCCUCUUGCCUCCUCCCCUUGCCCCCUUUUGUCUUUGUUCUCUUAUUCCAUCUUACUGGCAUUGUCAAAUUCGUCUUUAAUCAUUUCUCGUUCUUCUUUUUUCUUUUUCUUUUUCUGCUUUUAUCCUUACCUCUCCCCCCUCAUCUCCUCAUCUGAAUUGGCCCUCUCACAUCGCAAUCGCAAUCGCAAUCGUCUUCAGCCUCCACUCGCCGGCGUCUGAGCUGGACCGUCCGUCUUCGUCUCGGCCAGCUGUGACUAUUGCUGUCAAUUUUUUUUUUCCAACAGGG